AACCGGGAUUUCCCCUCAAGCCCACCCACUCAUCUUAGCAGGAAAACACCACUCUGUACACCACCAACUAACACCACCCGUUGGGGGCGUUACCUUCCAAAACUCCAGCAUCCAAUGGCGUUACGCCUCUCCGUCUCCUCGCCGCAGAGCACGGCCUCCUCGCCGGCCAUCUCCUCAUGCCGCCCCGCCGCCUGCGGCCGCUUCCUGGCCUGCGUGGCCGCUUCUCAGAAGAGGAGCCUGAUGGUGGUGUCCGGCUCUGACGGGAGGGGAGUGGCUCCGGUGAAGUCGGGCGGCUUGGAGACGGCCACGACGGGAGCCGACGAGGUGGAAGCGCCCACAGCGGCGGUGGCGGUGACCGGGCAGGUCACGGAGGUCUGCAAGGACACCUUCUGGCCAAUUGUCAAGGCAGCAGGGGAGAAGCCCGUCGUCCUCGACAUGUACACCCAAUGGUGCGGCCCUUGCAAAGUUAUGGCACCAAAAUUCCAGGAGAUGUCUGAGAAGGACCACGACGUCGUAUUCCUCAAGCUCGAUUGCAAUCAAGACAACAGGCCUCUUGCAAAGGAGCUUGGCAUAAGGGUUGUACCAACAUUCAAGAUUUUCAAGGAUGGGAAGGUUGCAAAGGAGGUCACUGGUGCGAAGAUUGAUGAAUUAGCACGUGCGAUUGAGGAAGUGAAGUCAAGCUGAGCAAUUCCCUGGAAAGAAAUGCACCAGUUAGCAUGCUAUCACUAGUGUACACUAUGGGAUGAAAACAGCCUUUGUGGAAGUGGAUAAUCACCGUGGAGAAAAACAGUUAUUAUAGUUCUUCUGCUUAUGAUGAUUUACCAAUCGUUCUGGACAAUAUACACCCAUCCAUGUGGAGUGUAUGCUGUAAAUAGUCAUUUAAAUCUUUCUGAAAAUACGGUUGCUUCCUGAUCUCA